AUGCUGGCCAUGUUAGGAAAUACCGCCGAGUCCGCCGGCCGUCGCGAGAAACUGAUAUCCGUGUGGGCGGACGAUGGUGCAUCGGAAAGUUUGCACGAAUGUUGGAAAACGAGUCGGCUAUUUGGUGCGCUGGAGAAAUUGCUGUCUAAUUCCGAUACGCCGGGACUGGCGACUGGGAAGCGAUCGCGGAACCCGCAAGAUGAUGACCCCGACAGUCAAUGGGGGUUCCGAGUAGCUCGCACUUCUCCGCUCGGUCCAGGUGCUCCGCGUGUAGUUGAGCCCUUUGCCGCAUCGCCGGGUGUAAAGCGGGCUCGAUUAUCAAAAGAGACAGAUGGUCGGUGUAUCCCUGGACCUAGUCCCCAUAUGCUGCAGUUGCCGCCUCAGACGUCGCAGCUACUCGAUAUCUACUUUGCAAUCACCCAUUCGUGGUUCCCUGUGGUCGUGAAGCAUAAUAUUCUUCGCGCUUCUUACCUUUAUGCCAACGCUCCUUUCUCUAUUGCCGCAGCUUCACCUGGGUCCGGUGAUCACGCCGCUCUGUGGGCAAUUUUGAGUUACACUAUCACUCAAUCGCGAACAAUUCCACGGGCCGGUCCCGCUGGAACCGUCGCUCUGGCGAAGGAAUUCUAUGCCGUCUCGCGAAACCUCAUCCCCACGGAGAAAGAACGCUAUGAACCCGGUCACAUUCAGGCAUUGCUGCUGCUGGCCUUGGUGAAUAUGGGUCUUGAAGAUUGGACCGCAGCUUGGCUAUUGAGCGGCCAAGCAGUGCGUAUGGCGGUUUCCGUGGGUCUUGGAACUGUGUCCGACAAUCGGCGGUCUGAUGAACUCAGACAAGGUAAAGCGGUCUUUUUGGGAUGCUUUGUAGUCGAUUCAUUGCUCUCUUUCCGUCUUUCACGGAGUCCAGCAAUGCCUUCAAAUGACCUUACUGCGGUGGGCCUGUUGGAAGAGGAUGGAUUGGAAGAGUGGAAUUCCUGGGUGGACGUUUUACCACCAACGGGUGCUCCACAGGGCAGCAAGAACACACCGCGCCGAGGACCACUCUUGGCCCUGAGCUGCUUCAACCGCUUGGUUGAGCUGGCGAGCGUCCUCAAUAAGAUUUCCCGUCACAUGUCUUCGGGAUACAACAUGGCCACUUUUGCGCAGCAAUUGGUCAUGGAGCUCAAGCAGUGGGAUGGCUGCCUACCUCUGGGAUGCCGACUGAUUGGACCGGAAAGCAUCUAUCCAGAACGGCACUCGGCCUUGCUUCCGCAUCAGAGUUACCUAGGGUUAACCUAUGUGGCCACCCUGCUUCGGCUCUAUCUGCAAUUGAUCUCGGGUGAGCAGGGCUUGCACCGUUCACAGCGCCCAGCCACAGAGGGUGCCAAGAAGCUCCUCUAUCGAGGGCUCUCUAUGCUCACCCAACACUUGGAAAACUUUUCCAUGUGCGGUUUUCCACCGCUUUUCGAGCUAAGUCUACGCACAAUUGCGGAGCAAGCGUUCAGACUUCGGACUAUUGCCGACUCAUCAGACACCUUCCCCUUUGCCAGAUGGGCAGACGAGCUUCAACAUAAAACGACAACUUUUACCUCCACAUGGCCGGCCUAUGGAUCUUUGGUUUCUACCAUGGAGAGGUGGCAGCACUCCAACGAGGUCGUUGGAGGACCAUCCAUUUUCCCGAUGGCAGUCGGGGUUUCAUUCUCGGGUGCACCCAUGGCACGCCCCAUGCACCCCCCAGGCGGAGCUCGCAAUUUAUCCCAAAACGGUGAAGGAGAUUUUACCUCUUCUAUUCUUGGCAUCAGUAUGCCAGUCGAUGGGCAAUCCUUGACCCCAAAGGACACUGUUAUGGAAAACACAGACAUAGGCGUGACGGACGUGGCACCACACCACCCAAGGGAACAGUCAGGCCUACCAGACAAGAUCACUCCGCGCAGCAGAGCAGAUUCCAUGUACGGCACAUCCAGCGCACAAUAUCAACUGCCACAACCCCAAACACCUGACUCGACGACCUCGACCCCUAUGAUGCCUGGAAAUGUCGCUUCCGUUGGUGAUGUCGACGCCAUCUUCAAUGACCUCGCAUACCUGGAUACCACUGAAUGGUCUACGAAUCGUGAGGCUGGCCUGAAGGAUUUCGGCUUCUUGGAUGAUAGCACAUUCCAGGCGUUCUGCCAUGACCCGGAUCGCUUGGGUGGAUCACAGCCACUAGUUCAUCCGCCUUCCAUAGCAGAUAUCUGGCCGCCACCUGGAUUUUUCCCAGAGACGUUCCAGGAAGCCGCCGAAGAAUCUAUGGGCGGCUGA